ACGUUCCGUGCGUAUGACGUCACAGGCGUUCAUCUCGUUCCUCCUGUGGUCGGGGACCAGACCAGCUAGCUGAAAGCUAACUAAUUGUAUUUGUUUAUUCUUAAAAGUUCUGAAGACGCAGUCAUUAUAAGGUCGGUUUCGGUGUCUGAUUCUAUAGGAUAUUAUUUAUCGUCAAAUUCCUUCCGACGCCGUUUUCUCUCCGCUCCUGGAGAAAACACUGAGCCAUGUACAAUGGGAUUGGCCUGACGACUCCGCGGGGCAGUGGCACCAAUGGCUAUGUGCAGCGCAACCUGUCGAGCCUGCGGGUCAAACGGCCGCGGGACGAGCGCGGCGGCGAGCGGGAUGAGAAGGACCGGGAGAGGCUGGAGAGUCAGCUGAACCGGCAGCCGAAUGCUGACAUCCUGGAGCACCAACGGAAGAGGCAGCUGGAGGUCAAGUGUGCCGAGCUGCAAGACAUGAUGGAGGAGCAAGGGUAUUCUGCUGAGGAGAUUGAGGAGAAGGUGAACAGUUUCCGUAUGAUGCUGCAGGAGAAGCAGGAACCAGCUCCUGCCACCACCGAGAGACCAACGGUGACAGAGACUCAUGCCCUGGCUGCAGCCAACCAGCAGAAGAACGACCGCCUUCGUGCUGCGUUUGGUAUCGCCAGCGACUACGUGGACGGAUCGUCCUUCCACGCCGACCGCAAGGAGAAAGAGAAGGAGAAGAGAGAACAGGAACGUCUGGAGAGGGAGAGGCUGCAGCAGCAGAAAUACACGUUGGUGGAAGACUCGGAUGAUUCAGAUUCUCCUCCCAAGAAACGCAGUCGGAAGAAGAAGAAGAAAAACAAGAACAGAGACAGCUCAGAGAGUCGCUCCCCAUCUCCUCGCAAAGAGAAGAAGAAAUCCAAGAAGAAGAAAAAGAAACGUGAGGCGUCAGAAGAGUCUGAAGAAGAAGAGAGCUCCUCCGAUGAGAAACAGAAGGUGUCGAAGAAAAAAAGAAAAAAGAGUGAAAGUUUGAGUCCUCCAAAAGGAAAGGCAGCGCGACGCAGGAGUGUCUCCUCCAGCUCCGCUCACAGCCCGUCUCCAGCUCCAGUGAGGUCACGUCACCAGGACCAAACUGCAAGAAAAGCUGAUGAUGGAAGACGGGAGAGAUCGCCGGACAGAAGAAGACGGGGCUACGAGGAGCCCAGCCCACAUCGUCAGGGAGGAGAGAUGAAAAGGUCCAAUCUCGAGAGAGAGAAAGAGCGACCAGUCGAGACGGAGAAGACUUCUGCCAGGAGGAGACACGACUCCUCAUCCCCUUCUCCACCACCGCAGACAGAAAAAAGCUGGGACAGAGAGAAAGGAAGGAGAUCCAGGAGCAAACAGAGGGAGAGUGAGAGAGGGAGGCGCUCCAGAAGCAGAGAGAUGCCGAAAGGGAGGCGUUCAAGAAGCAAAGACAAGGAGCGGGAGAGAGGAAGGCGCUCGAGGAGCAGAGAGAUGGACAAAGGAAGGCGAUCAAGGAGCAGAGAAAAUGAGAGGGAGAGAGGGAAGCGCUCCAGAAGUAGAGAGGUGGAGAAAAGGAGGCGUUCGAGGAGCAGAGAGGUGGAGAAAGCGAGGCGUUCGAGGAGCAGAGAGGUGGAGAAAGCGAGGCGUUCGAGGAGCAGAGAUGUGGAGAGAGGAAGGCGCUCAAAGAGCAGAGAAAAGAGGGACAAAGGAAAGGAGAGCGCUCCUCAGAGGACCAGACAUGACUCUUCCUCAUCCCCCUCACCUCCUCCUCGUCCACCUAGACAGGAGACGAGGAGCGAAAGGAGCAGAGACGCUGAGCGGGAAAAAGACAGGAAUAAACAGGACAAAAAGACAAGGCAUGACUCCUCGUCCCCCUCUCCUCCUCCUCCUGAAAAGGACAGAGCAAGGAGGGAGAGGAGUGGAGAGAGGGAGCGCAGGACUGAGAGAGAUCCACCACCCAGGGCGCCCAAUGAAAGGGAGAACAGGAAAGAUGCUGGGAAGAGACAGGAGAGGGAGGUGUCUCCUCGUCAACAGAAAAAUGAGAGGAGAAGGGACAGAGAACCAUCUCACGAUUCACUGUCACCCUCCUCUCGUUCACCCGUCACCAACGGGCGUCAAAGAGAAAGAGAGAACGAGAGGAGAAGAGAAAAAGAGCGGGAGAGCACCAAGGAGAGGGACAGGCAUCUGAACAAACAGGAGGAACAAGACCGAGAGCGAGGUCAGGACAGCGGCAGGAAGAGAGGCGAGGCUGUCCGAUCGUCUGCAGAGACGAGGAGAGAUGGAUCAAGACCCGCAGAGAAAAGCACGAGCGAAAGACCAGACGUGAACGACAGACAGGAGAAGACGAGAAGCCCUCCAAGAAAGGAGAAACGCGACGAGAAGGCGAAACAGGCGGAGAAAAGAAAGGAGAGCAGCAGCAGCAGUAGCAGCAGCAGCAGCAGCAGCAGCAGUAGCAGCAGCGAUAGUGACAGCGACAGCUCCUCAUCCUCAUCUUCAUCCUCCUCUUCCUCCUCAUCCUCAUCCUCUGAAGAUGAGACCAAAGGCAAAGAAGGCUGGGUCAGCAGGGAGGGAGAAAGCACGGACGACAGGAGGGCUCGGCCUCCGUGUCCGAGGGCGACGGACCCAGACGGUCAGCAGAAGGACAGAGAAGAUGGGAAAGAUAAACGAGAGAGGGAGAGACCUCCUCACAGAGCUGCCGCUGAGAGCUACCCUCCACGAACAAAAGGCCAGGAGCGAUACAGCCCCACACAGACGGAGAGCCCCAGUCCUCCUCCCUCCCCACCCAACAGAGGCAGCAGCAGGCACCCACCAUCAGAGGGCGAGGCAGAGAAAACAAGGGUGGAGGUGAAGGACAGGGAGAGAGGGAGGGACAGGAGGCCUCCAAGAUCCAGCCCUCCAGCCAGGAGGUCACGCUCUCCGCCCCAGAAAACCACCGCCGCCGCCUCCCCGGCCCGUCGCACUCCACCAAGGCAGUAUCAGGAACCCCCGUCCAGAUCCAGGAGAGCGUCUCCUCCUCCUCCUCCGACCUGGUCAGACCGGGAGAGAGACAGGCAGAGGGACAGAGACAGAGAGAGGGACAGAGAACGAGAGAGGGACAGAGAACGUGAGCGGGUGGCCAGAAGGAGCAGAUCCAGAUCCAGAAGUCCAAGGAGGCGCAGCCGGUCCAGGUCUAGAAGCCCGAGGAGGAGAAGCCCCCCCAGCAGGUCUCGUCGCUCUCCCUCCCCUCAGCGGCGAAGGAGGAGCAGUCGCUCCCUCUCCCGAGAGCGAGGGAGAGAGAGGGAACAGGAGAGGACCAGGAGGGAGGUAGAACAGGAGAGAGGGAGAGAAAAGGAGCAACUGCCCCCAAAAGAUGUUCGUCAACCCGGCAGGUCCUCCUCCUCCUCGUCCUCCUCCAGCUCCUCCUCGUCCUCCUCCUCCUCCCCCUCACCGCCUCCAGAAAGGAAAGAGACAAAAACCUCAGCAGAGAAAGACGGGAGAAGAGACAGAGAGGACGAGAGGAAGGAGGACAGAGAGCAGAAAAGUCGUUCUUCUUCCUCACAGGGCCCCUCCAAAGACUCCUCCUCCCACGCUCCACCCUCAGGUAGGAGAGGCUCCCAGUCAGACUCCAGGCGCUCCGACGUGACCUCCAGGAGGUCUCCGACUGGCAGCCAAUCAGACGCCAAACAGUCGUCACGUGGUCCAAGCAGGAAGCAGUCGCCGCCGGCCCCUCAGCCGCCACAGCAGACGGCGAGGAGUGAGAGCGCUGUCAACGGCAAGGAAGCAAACAAGAAGAGCAGCAGGAGCAGCAGCUCCUCCUCCUCCUCCUCCUCUUCAUCCUCCUCCUCUUCCUCGUCUUCGUCCUCCUCCUCAGACAGUUCUGACUCUGAGGUGGAGCAGGGAAAGAGUAAAACAACCAAAGCUCAAAGUUCUCCUUCAUCAUCCUCCUCCUCUGACAAUGAAAAGGAAACAAAGAACAAGAGCCCUGUCAGGCCUCAGAGGGUGCCGGCUGAUUCACUGAGAGAUUCUCGCUCACUCAGUUAUUCUCCUCCAAGAUACAUGAGAGCACCGUCCUCACCCAGCCGCAGGAGCGGCAGCAGGCAGUCACCGAGCCGCUCGUCGACCAGCAGACGAAGGAAAUGAGCUGACGGCUCAGAGACGCCUCCUUACUUCCUCUCGUUUGUUCCUCCGUUCACCUCUGGGCUGGUUUGAACCGGGCUACAACAUGAACUUCACAGCCAGCGGUCAGUAGAUACACAUCUGUGAAUGUCAGGGGACUCAUUUUGUUUCUGAGCCGCCGCACAGUAAUCACCAAUGUGUUUGUUUUUUUUAAGCAGGGACGACCGAGGCUGGCUUGUACAUUUAUUUUUAUGAGCUGAAUAAGAAUCGUACACAUUCACUCACAUGAACACAGCUACGUAAAAUUCAACUCUAACAAUGUUCUCUGUACUUGUACCGUUGAUUGCGUUCGACCUGUAGAUAUGAGCUGUCUGUAUUUUGGUUAUUAUCAUGUAACAGAUGCGCGACCUCCAUUUAAUGUGAGCAGAAACUGAAACGUGGUUAAUUUCUUUGUUAAAAAUGGUUAAUGAUAAUAAAAGGCAAUUGUACAUUUUA